ACACUGCCAUUCGGCCGCUGGCCUGUAUGGCAGUGUCCGCUCCUGUCAAAUUCGUUUCUCUAUACGGCGCGAGCAUGAGCGAAGACGAAGAAGAAAGAAGUGACUGGCAAGACUGGGGGCUGCAUAAGCAAGCAAGCAAGCAAGGCUGCACAAACCCUUCGGACGCAUCUUUCAAGAAAACGAAACACUCGAUGGCCAAGCCUUCCCUAAGGGCCAUGGCCAGGCUUCCGAAAGGCUGCCGGCCGCACAGGAAUCGGCGAGCGCAUCGCACCAAGCGAACAUCUCUUCCUGGUGGAGGGUCGAGUCGAAAGUGGUCAUGUGAUGACUGCAUCCCCAUGGAGCAAGAUCAGUCUUUUCUUUCGCAGUACAAGAUCAAUCGGGCCUUCAUCCAGUUCUCCUCCCUGUCACUGUUGGUGCUGUCCGUGUCCGUCAUCGUGUACUUACUCAGUGCACAAGGUGCACAACAAGCCAAGAAUUCUACUGUGACAGCCGUGACGGGUGAGCUAGUUCUCUGUAUCGACCCCUGCCACGGCGCCUCGCGAGACGCGGCGCUAGUUCGGCGAGGACCGCCAGGUUCAACCGACGCCAAGGACGUGCUCGCCGCGAUGUCCCGCCUGCCCAGAAUACUCUCGUUCCCGCGAGAGUGCCGCCAGUGGCCCCUGCAACCGUUCGAGGGCCCCUUCGUCGCGCUGGUCUCCACGCGCCCUCAGAACGCCGGCCGGCGGGACUUCAUCCGCAUGCGCUUGGCGGCGCCGUCCCUCCACCCGCCCGGAUCGUUCCGGCUCAUAUUCUUCGUGGUGGAGCCAAAGCCCGGAGUCAACAGUAGCUGGUCUCUCAGGAAGGCGCUGCUGCACGAAUCGGACAAGCACCAGGACAUGUCGAUCGAGGGAUACGCUCUGUCUUCGAUGCGUGCCAUGAUACUGGAGUGGGCGCCCGAGUUCGCCGUCGCCCCGCGUCUGGUGCUGUGGGCGCGCGACGACGCGCAGUUCGAUGCUCGAGCUCUUCUGGCCAGGAUGAAACGCCUCGCCCAGACUCCGGGUGACGUCUUCGGUCGCGUAUCUGCGUCUGCCAACCUCGACGCCGCAAUGAAUAAGGGCGCAAAUAAGAGAAGCUCUCCGUGGCACCGGCUUGAGCAGUGCGCCUACUUCCUCAAGAUGGCGGCCCUAGUUCGGCUGAGCAGCGUCUACGAAGACGUUCCUCGCGGAUUGGACGGAAGCGAUGAAUUCGAACUUGUGACGCCGUCUCUCGCCGCUCGUGCGAACCUGAGCCUUGUGGCUAUCGACGGCCCCUCCCCCUGCCUGCCUCCCGGAAGAACUGUCCAGCCGACGUCGAGCCAGACGAGCAAGCGUGUAUCGUCUGUUGGACGAUUCCUUGCGAGCCAUUGAUGACCCGAACGCAAACUGAGUUUUUACCUCAGACACUAACUGCUUCACGAUGGCGUUCUUAAGUCAAAAACGGAAUUAAGAUUUCACACUUCCAAACAACGGAAAACAACCUUCAAAGCCAGAAAGUUUGAAAUUGUUACAGUACGGUUUGUUCACGGCUACACUAUACGGGCGAAGCUCUUAAUAUUCGAUUUUCUAGAAUCAGAAUGGCUAAAUGAGAUGCGUGAAGGAUUUCUUUCCCUAAAACUACCUUAAAUUAUUCGUAUUAAAUAAUAAUGUGUUGCGAGGCUCAAUUCACAGUCUUA